AUGUCUGUGAACGUCCCCACCAAUUCUAAGCAGAAGGAGAAGGAUAUCAACCAGAAGCUCCAAUACUUUGGUAUCUAUCAUGCCUUCAAGAAUGGCAAGCUUCCUUCGAACAAGCAAUGCGACAUCGCUCUGAACAGCGCCUUGAACUCAAAGGCCCUCACAUCCCCACCCAAUGAACUCUCAUCCGACGGAAAGACCCUUGUGGCAGACCUGCGCAAUGUCGUGGACGCAGCUAAGAAGAUGCUCUUGGUCAAGAACGAGGGUGAACUCCUGCAGGACUUUAUCUGGCAAGCCCAGAAGAUUUCAGGCGACAACCUUGGUGGCAAGCGCCCUGGCCUCCCCGUCGACAAGGAGACCGGUCAGCAAGAUGCUAGCAAGGCUGUUGAUGGUCUGAAGACCCUGGGCACACUCAUGAUCACCAACGGAGAGUUUAGAAAACUCCUGAACGACGCCAUGACUCUUGGCAAAGACAUUGCCGCCGAUGCUUCUCAAAAGGCCGCCAACCAGGUCCGCCCUUCGGAAGAGGAGCUUUCGCAAAUCGACCAAGCCGCAGAGGAAAACGUGUGGCACGAGAAGCCCAAUGUCUCCAAGGAUGACCUGAAGUCCAGAUUCAAGAAGAACAAGGGCGAGAAGGGAAGCGCUGGUUCCGCUGGCGCUGCGGUCGCCGAGGAAGAGACUGGAGUCUCAGCGCAGGACAAGAAGAAGGCGUACUCCGACAAGACCAAGAAGUACUUGUCCGAGAAGAUUCCCAAGGAGCGUCGCGAGCAGACCGUCUGGCGCCUGAAGAAGAUGAUCAUUGAGAUCCAGGGUCAUGCUGACUACCAGCAAGCCGUUGAAACCUUGUUGACCAUGGCCGAGCAAUACGCCGGACAUACUAAGGACAUCUCCAAGGAGGGCGGUAGCUCUGCUCGUGACGUCCUGAAGACCGACAAUGUUCAGGCUGUUCAGCAGAACUUGCGCACUCUUAUCGAACGCUUUGCCAACCACACCUCGCUGGACAGCUUCUUCGAGUCGCUGAACACUAUCUACCGUGAUGCCGAAAAGGACCCCGAACUCCGAAACUGGUUCAAGAACGUCGACACCUUGAUUCGCAAAUCUCUGCGCGAGCAGGGCUUCAUCAUGGAGGACGAGUGCAGCCGCCAGUGGAACGAGCUUUACGAUAAGGGCCGUUACCUCCUGCGCGAGCGUUACCGCGGUCACUCCGACCGCAUUGUCGACGAGGUCAAGUUCUUGGCCAACCAAUUCGAGCAGGACCCGCAAAACCAGGCCCUUGCUGAGUCGUGCCAGAAGCUGUUCAAGGAUCUUGGCCACGACGCCAGUGGCAAGGCUACCUUCAAGCCGGAUCUCCUUCGGGAUCUCCGCGAUGUCAUCAUUCCCAACAUCUUCGAGAAUGUCCGCUACAUUCCAAUCCCCCGUAUUGAGGUCUCGGAUCCCAUGGUUGAUGUUGUGGUCGAGAACCUUGUCCUUGAGGGUGACAACCUGAUGCCCAACGUCGUGGAGUUCGGCAGCGACAACUACUUCCGCUGGGGCCGCAAGAAGAUCACCAACAAGCGUGACAACAAGAUCAUGAUUUCCAUGUCUGGCAUUCAGCUUGAUCUGCGCGAUAUCAGCUACUACAUCAAGAAGAAGGAGGGCUUCCCUGCCAUCACCGAUCGUGGUGUUAUGGACAUCUUCCUCGGUGGAGAAGGUCUCAGCGUCAAACUCGCCGCUUCUACUGCCCAGAAGAACGACAAGGAGAACUACUUCAAGCUGGAUAAGGUGAAUGUGUCCAUCAGCAACAUGGAUAUCAAGCUGAAGAAGUCCAGCCACAAGCUGCUCUUCAACACCUUCAAGCCCAUGCUGUUCCGCGUGGUCAGGCCCGCCCUGCAGAAGGUGGUCGAAGGCCAGGUCCGCGAGGCCUUCAAGAAGGGCGACCUCUUCGUCAGGGACAUCCACACCGAGGCCACCCGUGCCCAGGAGGCCGCCCGCGAAGACCCCGAGAACGCGCCCUCGAUCUUCUCUCGCUACGCCGAUGCCAUCCGAGCCCGCACCCAAGCCAAGGCCAAGCAGGCCGAGGGCGCUGCCAAGCGUGACACCAAGGUCCAGACCGUGAUGACUCUCCACGAUUCCAUCUUCCCUGACAUCGAGCUCCCCGGCGCUGUAUCCACCAAGGCCACCGAGUACGCCGAUCUGGCUGCCAAGGGCGAGCGCUGGGAGUGCCCCAUCUUCAGCGUCGGCAACGCAUCCGAGUCCACCGGCAUCCCCUCCGGUGGACCCAUUACCAAGAAGCCCCACGGCGCUAGCACCGACGGUGCAGGUGCCGCCGGAGUUGCUUCCGCCGCGGGUGUCUCUGGCGCCACCGCAGCCGCCGCUUCGGGCAAUGGCACGAAGGCCUCCGAUUACCAGGCCCGUGGGUUCUCCGAUGAGGUUGACAAAGCUUUCGUCAAUGGCAAGUCCCAGAAAUUGGGUGAGGCUGUUAAGCAUGGAGACGGUGCUAAUGGCGCUGACGGCGUCCCUAACGGCCCUGCCACUACCGUCACUAACGGAACUACCAUCAACAACAUCGGAACCACCGUCUAA